GAACAAAAUUGAUCGCACAUCCAAAGCCUCCAGUCUCCGUUUUCUACCAUCUUCGCCUACGGCUUCGCACGAAACGUGGAUGAAUCAAGCAAAAUGUCUGAGCCAAAGUCGUUAGUUUUGUUUCUUUGACAAGUGUUCCGUCGUUUUCGGUUGGAAAUCCACUUUCAAAUUGGAAAAGCACCUUGUGUUACUAAAUACAGAACGUGCUCCCGAGACUCACCACCAUAAUGUUCCGGCACCAUACUUCGCAGUACGGUUCCUGCUCGAAGGAUACCCACAGGACGCUGUGCAUCAUUUCCGCGAUCCUUAACAUCUUUGUGGCGCAGGCUCUGUUCAGUUCCUGCACCGAUCAGCUGAUCAAAUUCCUCGCCCCCUCGCGCUUUAACUUUGAUGCGCUGGAACAUGGCGAGUUCGAUGCCGAUAAAUUCAUUAACCGAAUGCACAUGAAUUUUUAUGCUAUGCUGAUAAUGACUGGGCCAACGUUUGCAAAUAUAAUUCUGGCAGGAAUUAUGCUGGUUGGAAUCUACAGAAAGCGACCGGGAUUAGUUUACGUGUUCCGAAUGUUUUGCUUCGGACAAAUAGCGCUGUUUUGCCUAGUGGUGUUGGCAACUAUCAGCAUGGGGGAUCCCUUGUUUACAUUGGGAUUUGUCGUUUUUAUUGCACUCCUAGCCGUAGAAGCUUGGAUCACCGGAGAUUACUAUAAGAUACUACUGCGUGAAGUACAUUCCCAACCUGAAUCGGCGGAGAUCAACGAUCAACUAUAGAGCGUAGUUGAAAAUCAUUAAAAAAAGUUCUUAAAAUUACAACUAGUCUCCAAUUCUGUGAGGGAAAUUCAUGUUUUAAAUGUCUUUAAAACUGAUUUAAUCAGUUUUUUAGUUGUUUUAUAAGAGUAACGAAAGUGCUUAAAUAAAUGUCCUUAUGUUUCAUUAAAUUCUGAACAUUUUUUAACAGACUUCAAUUUCAUUUACUUUAAUUAUGUAUACGAUGUAACGGAGUAUAUCCUGUAAACUCAUUAAACCUGCACCUAGAGUUAUAUAUUUAUUUAUUUUCAUAGUUUCCGUCUAACGACAUAACAAGAUGAACAUAAUUCCUUAAAAUUCACUCGGUCCAUGGCAACCGUUCUCCAAUUUCUUGGACAUCCCACAUUCGCCAGAUCGCUCCACUUGGUCUAAUCACCUCGCUCGUUGCGCCCCUGCUCGUCUCGUUCCUACCGGAUUCGUAGCGAACAUCUGUUUUUCAGGACAGUCGUCCGGCAUUCACGCAACAUGUCCCGCCCAGCGUACCCGAAAUCCGCACACAUCACUGCGUUCCAUCCAUCGUUGCCUUGAUCAGUCUAAUCAGCUUCCCGGAAAAGCCGUUCUCGUCCAUGAUUUUCCAUAGCUCGUUACGGUCGAUCGUGUCGUAUGCGGCUUUGAAGUCGAUGAAUAGAUGGUGCGUAGGGACUUGGUGUUCACGGCAUUUUUGGAGUAUUUGCCGUAAUGUGAAUAUCUGGUCCGUCGUAGACCGUCCCUCCAUGAAGCCGGCCUGAUGACUUCCCACGAAUCUGUUUGCUUGUGGCGUUAGGCGGCGGAGUAGGAUUCGGGACAACACUUUGUAGGCGGCAUUGAGGACAGUGAUCGCUCGGUAGUUCUCACAGUCCAAUUUGUCGCCCUUCUUGUAGAUGGGGCAUAUUACCCCCUCCUUCCACUGCUCCGGUAGCUGUUCUAUGUCCCAGAUCCGCACUAUCAACCGGUGUAGACAAUCGGCCAACUUGUCCGGGCCCAUUUUGAUGAGUUCAGCUGCGAUGCCAUCCUUCCCAGCCGACUUGUUUCUAUUCAGCUGGCGAAUGGCUUCCUUAACUUCGCUCAUCGUUGGGAGUGGCUCCUCUUCGUCGUUGGCUACGCCGGCGAUGUACCUUCCCUCACCGUCAUGAUCUUCUUCAUGUGCGUCGUUCAGGUGUUCAUCGAAGUGCUGCUUCCACCUUUUGAUCACCUCACGAUUGCCCGUCAGGAUACCCCCGUCCUUAUUCGGCACAUUUCGGCUUGCGGCAGGAAGCCUUUGCGGGAUGCGAUGAGUUUCUGAUAGAACUUUCGUGUUUCUGGAGAACGAUGUAGCUGCUCUAGUUCCUCGAGAUCCUCCUCCUCCAGGCGGCGCUUUUUCUCCUGGAGAAUUCGGACUCACUGCUUCUUCCGCUGUCGAUGAUUUUUCACAUUUUGACAGGUGCCUCUUUGUAAUACUGCCGCCCGCGCGGCAUUCUCUUCGUCCAUCACCCUCCUACACUUUAGUCCUACACUCUUCGUCCUACACUCCUCGUCCUACAAUGCUAGUCGUCACAAGACUGAUGACAUUCCCAACAGUUUUUGAGAGGGGCUUCGCCAAGCUUUCCCUCUGCCGACAGCGCUGCUUCGACCGAUUGCGCGUAGUCAGCCGCGACCUCAGGUUGCUUCAGUCGCGCGAUAUUUAACCGAGGCAGGCGCCGGUUUCGCGUGUUGUUCACUACGGAGAGUUUUGGGCGCAUCUUCACCAUCACCAGAUAAUGGUCCGACUCGAUGUUGGCGCCCCGACAGGAUCUGACGUCGAUGAUGUCCGAGAAGUGCCGGUUGUCAAUCAAAACGUGGUCGAUCUGUGAUUGAGUUUGGUACGGUGAUCUCCAGGUGUACUUGUGUGGGAGGCGGUGCUGGAAAAAGGUACUACGUAUGGCCAUUCGUUUGGAGGCGGCGAAGUCGAUAAGUCUGAGGCCGUUUUCGUUGGUCAGCUGGUGCGCACUGAACCUUCCAAUUGUCGGUUUGAAUUCCUCCUCCUGGCCGACUUGAGCAUUGAAAUCCCCGAUGACGGUCUUGAUAUCAUGUUUUGGGCAACGGUCGUAUUCACGCUCCAGCUGCGCGUAAAAUUCGUCUUUGUCGUCACCGGUACUUCCGAGGUGAAAGCUGAGCACGUUGAUGAUGCUGAUGUUGAAGAACCGGCCCUUGAUUCUCAACCGGAACAUUCGUGAGUUGUUCGGCCACCACCCGAUCACGCGCUUUUGCGUCUUUCCCAUCACUAUAAAAGCUGUUCCAAGCUCGCGUGUGUUGCCGCAGCUCUGAUAGAUGGCACGACCAUUUGUAUGGGUACGUUCGAACCGUGAAGCGCUGCCCACAAAAUUAAGAGAUCGGCAGCUCCAUAUUCCAAGUUUCCAAUCGCUAGCCUCUUUUCGUCAUGUGGGUCUUUGCCGAUUUCCAUCCUAGUCUCUUGUUCGUUGCUUGUGUUUUUUUUUGUAGUAACGGGCUCGUAAGGCCCUCAGCAAUCCCCACUAUCCCGCAGGAGGACCGUCUGGAUGUUGCGGUUUUGGGUCCCGAACACCACCAGGACGUUGUUGCACUCCGCACGCCGCCCCUGACAUGGAGAACAGACGCGUACGGAGCCCUCUCUCUCAGUCUGCAAUCUGCAUGCGACCAAAGCAUCCACUGGGGUUGGGUGCCCGAUCUUCGCUAAGGAUGCUCGCACCCCAGCUAGCACAACUGCGAGGUAGAGAAUCGGAGUUGUAAGACAAGAGGUAAUAAUUUUUUUUUUUUAGUUGGUAACCACAGAUGGUAAUCCCGGCUCACGGAUUGUAUUCCAGGGCACGGAGAGCCACCGCGUCCCCCCAGUUUGCUACUCUGGGUUCAUGGGUACAAUGAGAAGACUCAUGAUAUACUCCGUGUUUACCACCUACUCCCUAAACUCCACCUGGGGCCGCAGACCUGGUUCCCACCUCGAACUGUUUGAUACACUAUGCUUCAAUAGUGGGAGGUCUAUUCGCGCUAGUGCGCUCCAAGGCAAUACUCAUUAACGAGACCACUUUCAGCAAAACCUCUCAUCAUCUCGCAAUGACUCGAGAUUCCCACACAAACCUCUUCUCUUCGCGACUUGAGGCCUGAUCUCUCCUCUAACGACUCGAGAUCCGACCCUUCCUCGCCUCGACUCGAGGUUUACCUCUUCUCUGCACGAUUCAAGGCCCGAUCUCUCCUCUAACGACUUGAAAUCUGACCUCUCCUCGUAAUGACUCGAGGUGACCACUUGUACCCCUCCUCUUGUUGUUAAGGGGCCUGAUCCCUCCUCUUACGACUCGAGACCCCUUAUCAUAAAGACUCGGGGUUGACCACACAAACCUAUCCGCCUGAAGGUUUGAGGCCUGACCCCUCCUCUAAUGACUAGAGGCCCGACCUCUUAUCUUCAGGGUUCGAGGUUUGCCACCUUGCCCGUCGUGUGCCUGAUCGAGAGCAGCUUAUCCUAGAUUCGCGCCUGUCACGGCACACGCGCGGGACUUAACGCAACGACUCGGAUGAUUUCCGACAAAGACGUCAUCCUACACUGACUCGAAUGGCUCGUCCGGCGUCGAGAGCCACUAUACCCGUGGGUUAUUCCCGAACGUGGAAUAACCCUUUCCCAACGAUAUCCACUGCGAAGAAGGUCAAGUCUUAUCCCCGCAGCUUCUGUCGUUGAGAACCGCCCUACUCAGAUACUUCACGAAGGUGGAGCAUCCUACGCACGAACGCGGCGCACCUACGGCAUCCGCUACGCAGAAGGUGUUGUCUUAUCUCUGUAGCUUCAAACCGUGGGGUCGGAUGCACUCUACUCGACAGCCCCCUGUCGAUGGGGUCAGUCUACUCCGACCGUUGUCCGGUCUUCCUUAUGCCCUUUGGCUGGCAACCCUAGGAUUUUUGGCCCGCGGAUUUUUCUGCCCGUCGUGUGCCAGAUCGAGAGCAGCUUGUCAUGGACUCGCGACUGUCACGGCACACGUUUGGGACUUUGAACGCUACGACAAGAGGUGAUAUGACCACUACCCGAAGUUUGGGUGUAUGGGGUCUCGAGUUGCACAUUGUCUACCAUUCGCCAGCCAUCUGACAGCUCGGUUCCUUAGGUAUCACGAUAGUAUCACAGAAAUUACUGGCAGUCCAGCCUGAUUGCACUGCUCAACAUGUGCAUGGUUAUUGCCGGGAGCAUCUUGAUGUCUGCUACCACCUGGAUCUGUUCCGACUUGGCCAGAAGAUUGAGUUGGACACCAAAGUGCGUUUAGCUUCUGAACAACGACCUAAUGUCUAAAUGUCUUCGCACUUUUAUCUCUUCCGUACUACAAACUUUUUACUCACCCACUAGGGGUCAUUGUUUGUCCCGAUUCUAGAUACACCGUGUCGGUAUGAUAAAUGCUGGGUGAGGAUGAGGGUUUUGCUUGUGCCCUAAAAAAUCGACGUUAUGAUGAUACAAUUUAGCGAUCACAAUUAAAAUUUUAUUCACUCACCCUACUGUACGGUUAGUUUCUUUUGUCUUCUUUUUACUGUUAUUUCAUUCGAGCUCGGCACUGUCCUACGUCUGUGAUUUCGCUGGGAUCAUCUCCAGAUGCCUGAGAGUUGAUACAGACACGUCUUAUUGUUUCCGAAUCAGCUAGGUUAAUGGAAUGUUCUCACCUUAGAGCCUUCAAGAAACCUCAACUCCCGCCUCCUUUGUUAACGAUGGCCCUGGGACGCGAGCGAGUGGCAGGUUUCUGACCGCAAGAAUUUCAGCAUCAAUGGAGGGUCGAACUUGACAAAUUAUUUCUUCUGUUGAUGUUGUGUCGAUUCGUUGAUUGUUGUUUACGUUGAUCAUUGUUUAUGUAUUGUUGCACGUGUACGUUUGACAAUUUACACUCUUAAUUCUAAACAGUCAAUUUUCGCUCGAAUUUAUACAAUUACAACACGCUCGAAAUUUUACAACCACAAAAAAACCUAAUUAUAACGCUACAGGGUAUAUUUAGUAACAUCAACAUUGAGAUCCAAGGAAUAAAUUUGCCUCCAGGCUUGUGAUAUAUGUAGCUAGCAAAACAGUUGCUUUCAGAGCCGAUGUCCGUGAGGAGUUGUUUCUUAACAGCUUUGGAAUUAAAAUUUUAAAUUGAUGUACUGAUAAAUAUUUAAAUAAUUUUUAAAGGUGUAGCAAAGCACAGCAGGUCAGCUAGUUUGUUGUAAUCCAAAUUUAUUUUUUCCAAAAUUUGUUCCCAUACUCAAAAAUAAGGUCAUAUAAGUUUAGUUUAGAUACUGAUUUAACAAACUUACUGAUACGUGUGUGUGUGUGUUUCAAUUGCUCC